AUGAAUGAUGAAAUGAAAUUGUUAAACUCAAAAAAAAUGUCUGACUUGGGAUACAGAUGUCAGCUAACAACUGAGCUAAACUUGACAUAUGGAAUAUUGAGACGAAUAGAAUUGGAUGUUACUGAAGAAGAAAUAAAGAAUAACUUUGAUUGUAUGUACAAGAUCGUGUCUGCUAAGAGGCUAAAAAGGCUCGAUGAACGCGGAGCGUGGGUUGAUAGCGAGACCGUCAGAGUAUGUUUUCAGUCAGCCACUUUGCCCCCAUAUGUGUCUGCAUAUGGCUAUGGAAUCAAGGUGGAGCUAAAUUAUUUCCCUGUCACUCAGUGUGCAGGCUGUUGGAAGUUCGGGCAUUUACUAAAAGUAUGUCCGAACAAGAAGAAAAUGUGUCCGAAAUGUGGAGGCACUCACGAUAACUGUGAAACGACAACCUUUGUAUGUAUUAAUUGUAAAGGGAAACACAUGGCUCUUGACAAGAGUUGUCCAGCAUAUCAAAAAGAACGAAGGAUUCGGGUGAUUAUGGCUGAAGAAAAUUGUACUUACCGGAUAGCAUUACAGAAAGUGUUAAGUCCGAAAAAAGACCAGGAGACUGUACACACAGUGCUAAAAGAUACGGAUGCAGUAAAUGAAAACAUCACACUACCGGGCACGUCCGGUACUUUGCCUACAAACUAUCGAGACAGUGUUCUUAAUAAUGUGACGACACAAAGCCACAACACGGAAUUAGAAAUGGAACAUGAUGGAAGCGACGAGGAGAGUAAUUUAGAAAGAAAUCAUAAGCACGUUGGUACUCCAAAACCGAAAAAAGUAAGAGGUACGAAGAAGAAUAUCACACAGCAAAAGGCAAAGAUAGAUCAAAACACAGACGUCGUAAGUGAAGAUAGUUGUAUAAGAUUGGAGAACACUCCUGAUCAAGAAAACCUCCAACAAAAGAAGAAUCUAUUCUCAUGGGCGUUAUUUUUAAAAAAGGCCAAAAAUAUAUUAGUAUCAGAUACAUCUCUUGAAGAGAAAAUUAAACUAGGAAUUAAAUUAAUCAUGGACGCAAUAACUAAGCUUGUAUUACAGAUCGUAAGUAGCGAAAAUUUGUUGAGUAGUAUAUUCUCUAGUUUUUGUAAUGGAUAAGGAGCUGACUUUAAAUAUUAUACAAUGGAACGCACAAAGUAUACGACCUAAAUUUGUACAGUUUGAAGCAAUUUUAAGCCAAGAAAAGAUCCAUAUAGCUAUAGUUAGUGAAACCUGGUUGGAGGUGGACUCAGUUAUGAACUUUAGUGGAUAUGAUGUGUACCGUUGCGACCGAGCGGACUCCUAUGGGGGCGUAGCUAUCAUUAUUCAUAAGUCUAUACAAUCGUACCAAACCUCAUACACUGUUGUAAAUCCUGGAAUUGAAAUUCUACAUGUCAAAAUUCUAAAUUGUAAAUACCUAGAAAACGUCGUAGCAGUAUAUUGUCCGUCAUCUGUACGUACUACUUACGGCGAUUGGGAUGGUAUUUUUUCAAUAUUCCCCAAAUUGUCGGUGAUGGCAGGUGAUCUAAAUGGGCAUCAUAUAAACUGGUCUUAUAAAAAUAAUAGUCGAGGUGUUCAAUUGGCUGAUGCAGCACUACAUAAUGGAUAUAUCUCUCUAAAUGAUGGUAGUCAUACUAGAUUAAAGUUAGUAAAUAACGUGUUACAAGAGUCGGCACCUGACGUUACGUUUGUUACUACUGAUAUAGCAAUUUAUUUCAAUUGGAAAGUAUGUAAUGAAAAUUUAGGAAGUGACCAUCUGAUAAUUAAGUAUUCUAUGACGUUCAAUUGUAAGUUAGUAUUUAACGCUAGGCGUAAUUACAGAAAGGCAAAUUGGAUAGCAUAUAGUGAGUACAUUCAGGAGCGUUUACCGACGAUAUUAUCGGAUGCCACAAAUAUUCAAAUAAUGUAUAAUGACUUUUUAACUGUGAUAAAUGAAGCUGCAGAUAGACAUAUUCCAAUAAUUAAAAUAUGCAAAAACCCUUUGCAACGAUUUACGCCUAAACACUACUGGUGCUCAGAUUUAUCUAGAAUAGUUGCACAAAGACGGUUAGCACUGAAAGAAUUUCGUCGCAAUCCAACGCCGCAAAAUUUAGAUAUAUUAGAAAAAAUAAAUAUUGAAAGCAAAAAGAAAAUUAGAAGGGCGAAGGCUGUAGGCUGGCAUAAAUUUUGUGACAGUUUAGGUGAGUCUACUACGGCAUCAGAAGUUUGGAAGAAAAUGCGUUGGGCCAGAGGUAUCCGAGGUAAUACGUUUAACAUAUCCGAUGAUAAGAAAAUAGAAUUAUUGCGUAGUCUAGCGCCAGACUCCGUGACACCUAGAAAGCCCAUUAUUAGAUCCGAAAAUAUGCAGUUAGAUCAAGAGUUUAGCAUUCAUGAAUUAAUGUGUUGUGUUAAAAAGAAAGAUACUUCACC